AUGGCUUCUUCAGCCAUCGCAGGCACCAGAUUGGGCGGUGAGUUCGGUUACGAGAUUAUAGACCCGAGCCCUGCAGCGAGAAUAGGCGUACUGAGACCACCCCCUGGCUGGACGUGGCGCUGUGCAGCUGGCAACUCCAGCACCGACGUCGUCGUUGCCUUCACGGUCGGAGAAAAAGGCGAUUUCGAGGACGCGUGGCAAGUAUGCGGCAAGGUUCGAGCGUCAUGCGUCGCCAUCAACAGCCUUAUUCAAUCCCACCAUACGCUCGACUGCAUGCCGGUCGGCAAAGGAGAUAACAGUGAGUCUUGGUUGGCGGAAGGCCGGGCAACCCUCUCCUGUCCGUUGUGCGUUCAGUGACGACCGCACAAAGGAACCGAAACCAAACUGAUGAUCACUGGGCAUUUGAAUGGGCAUAAGGCACCGCUCAGGUGAUGGUCGUGAGCACCUUGUCGUCAAUUCUUCCUUCACUACUUUCAAAGGAUGUCGGAUCACACUGACGGUAUUGCUGAGUUCGAACUCCGUUCCCACAGUCGUGCGGUGGUCACAAGAAGAACCCCGAUGGUUCGAUCAAUUCCCAUGGUGCCUUCCACAUUCAUGUCAGUCAACUUACAAGCAGUCAGCUAGUGGAUCGGAUUAUUUAUAUUGUACAACUGAAACUGACCAAGGGUUGCUCGUACUGCCAAUUCCUCUGCAGACGCGCGAGGCGUUGAAAGCUUUGCCUGUCACGUAGUGAGCUUUACUUGCGCUGACGCUUCAUUGAGGACUCGUAGUUUCGGGCAAUUGAUCUCUUUGGCCAUAUUCUUUCUCAACAGCAUCCAGACUCCCUGAUCGGCCCCAACAAGGUCGCGGGUCACCACUCUAUGGCAUGCCACUACCAGGCUGCCGAUCCACCCCGAACCAUCGGCGCAAAUCCAUCUCUUUCCAAGGCUCCUGUCUCGAAAGCGUUCUUUAUACACAGUGCUCCUCGACAUCUUUCCAAUCUUCCCUCGUUCGUGUGGAGAAAUCGCACCUGCUUUUAUUCGCGUCGGCUUUAUUCUGCAAUCCUCAUUCGUUUCCCAUCCCUGAGCCUAUCUUAGUGACGAUGAACAUUCGAAACAUGGAAUCGACCCUUCUCGGACCCGUCUGUGUCUCCUCGCCGCACACCUCUCUCUGGUCCCAAAUAUACUGGACGCAGUGUUAA